UUCUGAUGCUGAGAGAAUGAUGAGGACAAUGUUCUGCAAAGACAUUUACUGGAUUCUACUCCAGUUAUGGCUUCAUUCAGUCUUUUCAGCUGCCUCUCUGCCAAAUGUGGCACCAAGUGGAACAGCAUCUCAGUCAUCCACAUAUGAUUCGGUUACUACAGCUUCAAAAGCGAAUGAUGGAAGAAGAGUUUCAACCUAUGCAGACUGUACCCAUACAGCAAUGCAAACUAACCCUUGGUGGAGGUUGCUCCUGCCGGGCAUCUACAGGAUCACAGCCGUCAAUGUCACCAACAGAGUGGAAGUUCCUGAGAGAAUCAAUAAUGCUGAGAUCCGCAUCGGGAACUCAGCAGAGAACAACGGCAACAACAACCCAAGGUGUGCUGUUAUUCCCUCCAUACCUGCUGGACAGACCUCCACCUUCCAGUGUGGAGGGAUGGAGGGUCGGUUUGUUAACGUGUACCUCCCUGGUAGCAGAAAGUAUUUGACUCUGUGUGAAGUGGAAGUAUAUGGAGAGCUGGUCUCACACAGUGGGGUGGUGCUGGGUAGGAACAUCAUGGUGGUGGGGAAGAGGCUGUGCUGGUCGGAUGCACUGUUCUUCUGCAGAGACUUCUUCUGGGACCUGCUGAGCCUCCGCAGUCAGGAGGAGCAGAUGGAGCUGGAGCAGGUGCUGAGUAACGUCUCCUUCCCCCUCACCAAACACCUGUGGCUGGGACUGCGCAGUAAUCACACAGUUUGCAUGUUGUUAAAAGAUGGGAUUCAGUCCAUCAUCUUGGUUUCUGAUGUCGAGAGAAUGAUGAGGACCAAGAUCUGCAGAGACAUUUACUGGAUUCUACUCCAGUUAUGGCUUCAUUCAGUCUUUUCAGCUGCCUCUCUGCCAAAUGUGGCACCAAGUGGAACAGCAUCUCAGUCAACCACUUUAAGUGACAGUGCCAGGGCUUGGAACGCAAUUGAUGGAAAAAGCGACCCAGUCUAUUACCACGGAUCCUGUACCCAUACAGCACAUGACCAAAGUGACCCAUGGUGGAGAUUGCUGCUGCCGGGCAUAUACAGGAUCACAGCUGUCAGUGUCACCAACAGAGACGAGUUAGCUGAGAGAAUCAAUAAUGCUGAGAUCCGCAUCGGGAACUCAGCAGAGAACAACGGCAACAACAACCCAAGGUGUGCUGUUAUUCCCUCCAUACCUGCUGCUCAGACCGCCACCUUCCAGUGUGGAGGGAUGGAGGGUCGGUUUGUUAACGUGUACCUCCCUGGUGCAGCUAAAGUUCUGACUCUGUGUGAGGUGGAAGUAUAUGGAGAGCUGGUCUCACCCUUACUCAGUGGGGUGGUGCUGGGUAGGAACAUCAUGGUGGUGGGGAAGAGGCUGUGCUGGUCGGAUGCACUGUUCUUCUGCAGAGACUUCUUCUGGGACCUGCUGAGCCUUCCGCAGUCAGGAGGAGCAGAUGAAGCUGGAGCAGGUGCUGAGUCGCUGAUGGGUGAGGAGUGGUUCUGGAUGUCUGGUGAUUCCAUGAACUACAACCGACUGGACACAUCAUCCGUCUGGCAGAACACCAGUCCCUGUGGUGGAGUGGACAGCAGCAGUCCCUCCCUGUGGACAGAUCUUCCAUGUGACGAGCACCUGUACUUCAUCUGUUUGACAGCUGCCUCUCUGCCAAAUGUGGCACCAAGUGGAACAGCAUCUCAGUCAACCACUUUAAGUGACAGUGCCAGGGCUUGGAAGGCAAUUGAUGGAAACAGCGACCCAGUCUAUUACCAUGGAUCCUGUACCCAUACAGCACAUGACCAAAGUGACCCAUGGUGGAGAUUGCUGCUGCCGGGCAUAUACAGGAUCACAGCUGUCAGUGUCACCAACAGAGACGAGUUAGCUGAGAGAAUCAAUAAUGCUGAGAUCCGCAUCGGGAACUCAGCAGAAAACAACGGCAACAACAACCCAAGGUGUGCUGUUAUUCCCUCCAUACCUGCUGCUCAGACCGCCACCUUCCAGUGUGGAGGGAUGGAGGGUCGGUUUGUUAACGUGUACCUCCCUGGUGCAGCUAAAGUUCUGACUCUGUGUGAGGUGGAAGUAUAUGGAGAGCUGGUCUCACCCUUACUCAGUGGGGUGGUGCUGGGUAGGAACAUCAUGGUGGUGGGGAAGAGGCUGUGCUGGUCGGAUGCACUGUUCUUCUGCAGAGACUUCUUCUGGGACCUGCUGAGCCUUCGCAGUCAGGAGGAGCAGAUGGAGCUGGAGCAGGUGCUGAGUAACGUCUCCUUCCCCCUCACCAAACACCUGUGGCUGGGACUGCGCAGGUACUGUCAGAGAACAAGGUCCCUGAUGGGUGAGGAGUGGUUCUGGAUGUCUGGUGAUUCCAUGAACUACAACCGACUGAACACAUCAUCCGUCUGGCAGAACACCAGUCCCUGUGGUGGAGUGGACAGCAGCAGUCCCUCCCUGUGGACAGAUCUUCCAUGUGACGAGCACCUGUACUUCAUCUGUUUGACAGAUCCUCAGACAGAUGUGAACAGAGUGUACUUCUCCAGUACCAGAAAGGUUCCGUGAAGACGAGCUAAAGUCUCCCAGAGUUUAUUUAGCUUCAGCAGCCAAUGUGUGUGUCUGAUCUUAGAUCAUUUGCUGUGGAAUUAUUGGCAACUUUAGGCUGUAACAACAUAUAGAAAACAUAUAUCACUACUUUCCACUGUUUAACUAGGAUUCAUUUAACCAAAGGAAAUGUGUGGGACUGAAGAUUAUGUUUUUCUGUGAGACGUAGUGUCAGAUAUAACAAUGUUAAGAGGGAUUUGCUUAUUCAGCUGUAAAUAACUAAUUCUAACUGGUCCUUAACAUGUUCCUUCAAAGUGUCCUGAACUGUAUUUCCUCUAAAGUGGAAACAUUCUUUUAGUUAAAAUACACAACACUGAAAACACUAAGGGAAAUGGUAGAUGGUUGUGGGAAUAAGAAACAUAAGAAUUUAAACACAGUUGUGUAUAAAUGAUAAGAUGAAGCUGAAACAGUUCUAAAUUUGGACUUUUAUUAGUCCUUGCACGUCCAUAGUGACAUUUUUUCUGUUUCUUUUUUUUUUUUUAAGAUAAUUUUUCCUGUGUUAAUGCAUUUGGUAACAUUUUGCCAAGGGUGUGUAUUCUGUUUUAUAAUUUUAGGAUUCAGACCUCAUCUGCAAUAACGUCUAUAACGUCUAUAAUACACUGUGUAAAUUAAAUACUUACACUUAAGGACAAAAAUGUCCCCCAGUGAAAUCCCUUUAAUCUGCAAUUUCCAGUCCUGUCCUGUCUUGAAAUUUGUAGUUUUUAUUAUUUUCCAUGAGAUGGCGCCAUUUUUUCAUAUUCAGUCUGUGUCUCACUUUCUGUUGUAUUAUAGAGCAACUGUUGGCCAAUGGAAUAAAUGUAAAUGUGUGUUGGUAUGGAUAUCAAUGUGUGUGUUUAUGUGUGCAGUUGCAGAGAUAGAAAUCAUAUUGAACUGCAGAUCACAAAUUUCCCAUAGAAUUUAGUAUAUGGAUAAUUUUUUUUUUUUAUGUCAUUAUGUAAACAAAGUGGGAUUUUAAAUCCUGUAAAUUAAUGAAUAUUUGGUUGUUAUGAUCAGGACUUAUGUGGGACUUACUAACUCAGUGAAAGUGGAAAUUAAUACUAAUAUUUUUGGUUUUUCA